CUUACUACAAGCCUACAGUAAGGCACACAGUUGGACUAACUCUGCCGUCAAGAUUUUGAAGCCUCAGCAUGAUGAGUCGUCCACAGAGCUGCAUAGAAGGUGGAACUCCUAGUUCUCGACAUUCAAAUUCAAGCAGACGGUCAAAGGUCAUGGCAGAGAGAGUGGCACUGGUUGUUCUCUGUAUUCUCCUGGCAGCUGCUCUCAUCGUUAUUUAUCGUCUCAGUGAGUUUGGAACGUUUGAAAACACGAAAAUCAGAGAGUCACUGAAAAAACUGGAAGAUCACAGAAUGAAGUGUGAAAAUGUUCUGAAAGAGAAUCUCUCUAAAACAAAACCAUGCAGCACGGUGCAGCCUACAUGUCCACAACCUCCUGAAGUUACAGGUGAUUCAUGUUCUAAAUGUGAAGAAGGCUGGGAGCAACAUGGAGGAAAGUGCUAUUACUUCUCUACCAGUAAAUCAUCCUGGAACAAGAGCAGAGAUGACUGUAGAGCUAAAGGAGGAGACCUGGUUAAAAUAGACAGCAGAGAGGAGCAGGAAUUCCUGUGGAAAAAAGUGAGACGCAUGAUGACGGAUCAUGAAGACAAGUUCUGGAUCGGACUGACAGACUCAGCAGAGCAGGGCAGAUGGUUGUGGGUGGACGGAUCACCACUGAACAAAAGUUUAUCUUAUUGGAACGACAGUGGGCCGGACAACUGGCCCGAGGACGACUGUGUACUGAUGGGUGAUAAAGGUGAUCGUUACCUGAAGAGUUGGUCUGAUGCAUCCUGCAAAGUGUCUCACAGAAGUAUUUGUGAGAAACCAGCAGCAAAAGGACAGAAUAAAAUUGUAUGUGUCUGAAAUUCAGCUGUAAAACUGUACAGGAAACAGAAUACUGUGUGAUUCUUUAUUUUCUAUGUGACAAACAUUUAAAAAUCACUUAGCAAAUGAUUUGUAGAAGAAACUGAAACAUACUAACAUAAAUCUGAGUUAUAUUUUUUUUUGAUAUGUGUUUAUUGAGGUAAUGUUUUGCUGCAGCAGUGUUUACAUCUGUGAAAUAUUAAAAGAUUGUUCCUUU